UAGGAGGCGUCGGGCUGAGUUUGUGUGGCCGCCGCCGCGGGAACGCGAGCGCGGUAGUUUUUCGAAGGGAAGAGAGGCGGCGGGCGUCUGCGGCCACCUCCCGGCGCGAGGGGAGGCAUGGAGGACGAGCGGGGCGGGCAGCGCGGCGGCGGCGGCGGCGACGCGGCUCAGCAGAAGACCCCGCGGCCGGAGAGCGAGGAGUCCCGGCCGCUGAGCGCCGAGAAAAAGCAGCGAUGUCGACUUGACGGCAAAGAAACAAAUGGAUCUAAGUUUAUUACCUCCAAUGGAAGUGACUUCAGUGACCCAGUUUACAAAGAGAUUGCUUUGGCAAAUGGUUGUAUUAACAGAAUGAGUAAGGAGGAACUCAGAGCUAAACUUUCAGAAUUUAAGCUUGAAACAAGAGGAGUCAAGGAUGUUCUAAAGAAGCGACUGAAGAACUAUUACAAGAAGCAGAAGCUGAUGCUGAAAGAAAGCAAUUGUGUGGACAGUUACUAUGACUACAUUUGUAUUAUUGACUUUGAAGCUACUUGUGAAGAGGGAAAUCCAGCUGAGUUCAUACAUGAAAUUAUUGAGUUUCCUGUUGUUCUCUUGAAUACACACACCUUAGAAAUCGAAGAUACGUUUCAGCAGUAUGUGAGGCCAGAGGUCAAUGCGCAGCUUUCAGAUUUCUGCAUCAGCCUUACUGGAAUUACUCAGGAUCAGGUAGACAGAGCUGAUGCUUUCCCUCAGGUCCUGAGAAAAGUAAUUGAAUGGAUGAAGUCAAAGGAAUUAGGAACUAAGUACAAAUACUGCAUAUUAACAGAUGGUUCCUGGGAUAUGAGUAAGUUCUUAAACAUCCAGUGCCAACUCAGCAGACUCAAGUACCCUCCUUUUGCUAAGAAGUGGAUCAAUAUUCGAAAGUCAUACGGAAACUUUUAUAAGGUUCCCAGAAGCCAAACCAAACUGACCAUAAUGCUUGAAAAAUUAGGAAUGGAUUAUGAUGGGCGGCCUCACAGUGGUCUUGAUGACUCUAAGAACAUUGCUAGAAUAGCAGUUCGUAUGCUGCAGGAUGGAUGUGAUCUCCGAAUCAAUGAAAGACUACAUGGAGGACAGUUGAUGAGCGUGUCCUCUUCUUUACCAAUAGAGGGCGCCCCAGCUCCACAGAUGCCACAUAGUAGAAAGUAACUGCAUUUUUCUCUGGAUCAGUUGCUACAAAGAAAAAGUAGAUGAAUGACUCUGAGUUAGUGAGCCUUCAAGCACCUUAAACAUUUGCAAGCUUACUACAAUUUCAACUAGAUGAGUACAUAUGCAAACAUUUUGUAGGAGGACACAUGGAAUUCUUUGCCACCAGCACUUUUGAUAUGAGCAGUAUUUGUUACACAGUAACCAUUCCUGCUUAGAACUGAAUUUUUUAAGAUGUCCAAGUUGUGUUCCUUCGGUUUUAAAAUGAGAAGUCUUACUGCUUCAUUCCUUGAAUGUCAUGUCUUUACUGAUAAUUGAAAUCUGAAAUGAGUUUUUAUAUUACCACCAUUAAAUUAAAUUUGGCUUUGGAAAUGAGGAAAGAGUUAAAAGGUAGUGUUUAUAUUCCCAUUGAACUUUAUGUAAAACAUGGUCCUUUUAAUAUUUUAAGUUUGUGGGUGAAGGUGAGGGGUUAUGGUUGAAGGUUGUAUUCCAGGAAUGCCAUGUAGGUAACAGAUUCUACAAGUGUUCAAGUUCUGUACUUCAAAUGGCGUCAUGUUUGUGUAUAACCUACAACCAAAUGGUUGUAUUGUUUAUAGAAUAAUGACAAGAGCAAAAGUCUACGAGUUGGUAUAGACACAACUACAGUAGGCCUCACUACGUAGCACGUGGAUAAGUUGCUCAGCCAGCACCACCUGGAGGCAAACCAAGGACCCGAGACGGUGGCAGGGACAGUUGUCCUGUGCACCGCACAUUCUGGUCCGUUCAGCGUAGUGCUUGCUACUACGCUGACAAAAUUCGGGUAUUUUUGGCACAAUUUCUGCAUACAUUCAGGCCAGGUAGUGGUUUCUAAAGGUCCCUACCACCAAGCUUGACAGUCUAGUUUACUGGACUGAGAGAAUCAACUCAAGGAUAGCCUACGACCCUCUGCAUGCACACCACUAGAAUUCACCCACACAUACACACACAUGGGCAUCCACAACAGGUGAGCAAUUUAUCAUAAAGUAUACCAGGACACAUCUGCCAGUUUCAUCUCGUAACUGGAAACCUUGUCAUAAGUUAUAGGGUCUAGUUAGAAGUCCAGUUCCUGAUGAGACUGACGAAUUACAAGAGCCAGCCUGGUGGCACAAAUAAUUCCAGUACUUAGGCGUAAAGCAAAGGUGACUCUGAAGCCACCCUGACAAAAAGUGUCAGUAGAAAGUAAGAGUGAAAUUAUGAAGGCUGUAAUGUACAAGUCAGUGGGUGUUUUUGAAGUUUUGUUCAUUGGCUUCGCUCUUCAUUGGGAAUGUAUUUGCCCCACUUUGAAACUGACCGACAGCUCACAAUGAACACUGACAUUUGUUUGGUGCUGUGAGGUUAAAUGUUUUGUGCUAUAGUUAGUAAAGUACCUGGCUUGUCUUAGUCAGUGACCAAUAUAUUGGAAAAUAUUUACUGUUUCUAAAAUCAAGCUGUACUUUGGAGAUAAUGAUGCAAAACUAUCUAGAGGCUAAAAGUGUGGACUUUUGUAUUAAAACCCCUCUCAAGCUUUUCAUGAACUAA